CACCAAACUGAAAAGGCCGUACAGAGCAAUAGCAGAAAAAAGAGGCGCGGAUAAAAAGUUAGAAAGCGGCAAAGAGCUUCUAAAUAUAUAAUAAUCAUAAUACUGCAUCAUCAGGCUACCGCUGACUCUUAGCUAAAACGCCCGCCGCGCCACAAACAAAACAAAAGCGAAAGAAAAGACUGCAAUAAAUAACAAUGAAGGCAAAUAAUAAUACACACAUACACAUACAUGCAUGCAUACACACUGACUGAGAAACCGCUUACCAAUUGCCGCAAGUGAAGCAGGCGUCAGGGAGGCCAAGCAAGAGAAGUAGAGCCUCCCUCUACGGUUGGGUUCUGUGGAAAGAAGCAGACGGAACAAAACAAAACGCUGGAAGAAAAAUAGGACAAACGCGUGAAACUGAGAGAAAAUGAGCGCAGACGAGGAAAACUGCAAGCUUCCGUAAAGGAUAGGACUGUUACCUUAGAUACGUCGGAGGUAGCCACAGUGCAACACUCGCGAAUCGUGGUCGAUAGUCAGUUUGAAUCGGAUACGUUAAUGAAAAGAACUAUCAGGUACUAAUUGACGUAGUUGUAUUAUUGCUUCUAACAGUGCUAACGUAAGCUGCAUCGAUGCGGUUUACAAAACAUUAAAUAGUCAACGUAGAUCAGAUAUGAUCGACGGCGACGAGGUAGACUCACGCUGCCACAGACACGCUCGACCAAAGUCAGCCGUUGUCAUAACAGAUUCGGAUCGUCGAAUAGUCCUUUUUGCCGGCUUUUCACCAUUGUUCAGGUUUUCAUCGUUUAGGAACCUCAGUCGGAAACUUUCUUUGUUCCAGGCGUCGCGACCGACUUGUCGCAAUUUUUAGUUAUCGCAUUUUUUUGCGGUCGUUACCGACCAACUAGUGACCUGGAGAUUGCGAAAGAUUCAAAUACAACAGCAACAAAGGAAUGCAGUGGUGACUAUGACGGUCGCUGCAAUUUCCAUCCCUUCCACGACGAUUGAUUAAACUACAACCGAUGCGGUACGAAGACUUCCACUAUGAAUAAUAAUAACAGCAACAACAUUAGCAAUAACGGCAACAAUAACAACGAUUGCACCAGUAACAACAAGAGCAACAUAAACAAACUCAACAGCAAGCUAGGUGAUAGCAACAAUGGCCAUUAUAAUAAAGUCAAACUCCCCCCGUCACCGGCAAACACUAUUAUGUCAGUAGUAAAAACAGACGACGAGAUGACGAUGAUGAUGGGUGCGACAGCAGUAGCAGCAGCAGCAGCAGCAGACGCGAGACCUGUCAAUAAACUUCCAGUUUUCCAAGAUAACCUUCACAAGGAUGAGACAUUACGACAACAACGGCACGAAUUUGAUAACGUACAAGUGAAUGAUGGACGCGAUCGAGCAAUGGCAAGCUUCAACGACCUAAGCUUUACUGAUACAACAACGAUAGCUACCAGCGACUACUUCUUUUACAAGCGCGAAAAUAGCUCUGCUAAAGCAACCGUCGGUAGUAAUACUCAUCAUCGUCAUCACGAGCACAUCAAGGGUGAUCAAACUAACGCCCAUGGUAAAGCUCUGAGGGGCGUGCCGAAGUCCGCAGUGCACCAAUUUGACGUCGCAGCUCAGAACGUGCUAUAUCACGAUGGACACGAGACAUCAACGAAUGCCCACACGUGGGCUAAUUAUUACCAUAAUAACAAUCAUAGUCGUUACGAUACAAAUGAAAAGAGCAGCAUCGGUGAAAGUCUGUGGUGCGACCUAAUGAUGACUUGCAGUUCGUAUCGACGAAAGCAUCAAGGCGAACCUGGCGGAGGACACCGCCGCGCUCAUAAUGGCUACUUUUCGAUCAGUUCCAUUACAACGAAUAGGUUAUUGUUGAGCCUUGCUGGUAUGAUGACGCUCGGUACGAUGUUGAAUCUAGUCGACGCACGGCCUCCGGACUCCGACGAUCCAAACACUACGAAAGUGGCUACCCAUCAGUUCAUGAACUAUACCGAUAAACAAAUCCUUGAUUAUCUGGUCAAUAACAGCAGAUACGAUCAUCGAAUUCGCCCGGAAGAAACAACCAAAGUAAACGUGAGUGUUCUGUUGCUGAGCAUGUCAUCUCCAGAUGAAUCUAGUUUGAAGUACGAGAUCGAGUUCCUGCUAAUUCAAAAGUGGAUGGAUCAAAGGUUGGCCUAUCACGAAACUGGAGCCAACCAUUCUCACCUAAAUGGACUUCUGCACGAAGGAAAAAUCUGGAAGCCGGACAUCUACUUUAUCAAGCAUGGCCUGGAGGACGAAACGAAGGACGACGAGGAGUGCACCGAGUACUGUGAUCAAGGGGAGUUCAAGACACCUCUUAAUCCUGUGCACAUGAGUCUGCGACUAUACCCGAACGGCACCGUAGUGUACACGAUGCGCAGGCACAUGACGUUGGUGUGCCAGGGAAAUUUGCAGAUUUUUCCUUUUGAUAAUCCGAAAUGUCCAUUCGCGGUCGAGUCGAUGUCCUACGAAGACACACAGCUCAAGAUCGACUGGUCGGAAGAGGAUGAAAAUAUCACGCGGGCGUCAUCUUUGCGCGCCCUUAACGCAUAUUUGGCUAAGAACGAGACAGGAUAUUGCGAUAAACGACACACAUGGAGGGGCAAUUACUCCUGUCUUCGGGUACUGCUCGUAUUUACCAGGGACAAAUCAUUUUAUAUUUCCACAGUGUUCGUCCCUGGUAUUGUGCUUGUCACCUCUUCGUUUAUAUCGUUCUGGCUUGAUAUCAACGCUGUACCAGCCAGGGUGAUGAUUGGUGUGACAACCAUGUUGAAUUUUUGCACCACGACAAACUCGUUUCGCUCGACACUGCCCGUCGUCUCGAACUUGACCGCUAUGAAUCUUUGGGACGGUGUAUGCAUGUUCUUCAUCUACGCAUCGAUGUUGGAGUUCGUAAUCGUUAAUUACUUAUAUCGGAACCUGGGACAGCAUCAACGCCACAGGCGUUACAGCUAUGCCUCGUCCGUUGCCUCGAAAAACCAUCCUCAGGCGACCCCACUCCUCGCUCAGCAGAACAACAAACACAAUGUCUAUGUUAAGGGUAACGAGUCCACGCAGAAGACGGAGACAACCACGUUCGUCGUGGAUCCGCCGGCGGGCGAGGAGUCGAACCGGAGCUUCGGUCGUUUCCGCACCGUGGCGACCCUGUUCGUCUGGCUAAGGCGUCCGCAGGCCAUCUCGACGCAGUUGCCGUCCAAGCCGCGCCUGGCCAAGGCGAUCGACUACUUCUCGAGGACGGUGUUCCCCGUGCUGUUCGGCAUGUUCACCUUUGGCUUUUUUCUCAAUUACGCUAUCAUCGGGCCACUAUCUGAAGAAAACUGGAAACUUAUUGAAUAUUAGAUAUGUUUAUAUACACUUGAAAACGAAAGUCAGAACAGACCACGGACUCCGGCAGAAUCAGAUUAAGUCGAUCAAUCCGUUUCAAGAGCAGGCAAGCAUCGGUCCGGCCAUUGAUCCCUAUGAACUGCGCAUAUGUUAUGCUGCAGCCAGUUGAUAGAACAAAAGUAGGUUACGUUGUAAAACAGGGCGGCCGCGACACCACUCAUACAAAGAAGCCCAGGGAAAAACAGAAGGCAACAAAUGAUUAGGCAAUGAAAUAACAAAUAAGUCUGUACUAGAUCAACUACAAAGCAGUCACGAAGGCAAAAAACAUGCCAAAAAUCAGAUACCACAUUAAAAAAACAUCGACUUAAGCCGACUCUGCAGUGCCCGUUGUUACCUGAUCAAUCUGACGUGAAGAAAAUAAAGAUUACCUAUAUAGUACACUCAUAUACAACAGUUGACAGAGAUUCUACCGGAGAAGACAUUUUAUUGUAGGAAAACAAAAAAAAAGGCACUCGAUAGACCCGUACUGGUGGAAGAGAAAAUAAUUAAGUACUGCCGUUGCGGUAGACGGUGCCGAGCGGCUUGCUACGGCCGACAGGAUUCCUACGGAUUCUGGUCACGGCACCAAGCGCGUAGCCAACCUAUUCUUUCGUGUGUCGUUGGUGAUCGAGUCGGAUCGAAUGAGCGUCGCAUCGUUUGCGUGACUUGUCGUCUACGACCCUAGCUAACGUCCGCUUGGCGUCCAUUCUGAGCUUAUCAAACAAUGAACAUAGAAGUAAUGAAAGAAAAUUCUUUAACACCAAAGUCCUUUCCUAUCCGUUGCAAUAUGUCCUAGCGAAAACCGAACUAACAAAACAAUCAACCUACAUCAAUAGCACCAGCAGCAGUAAUAAUGACGACAAAUAAAGCAACAAUAACAAACGGAAAUAGUAACAGGAUAAUUCCCUCCAGCCCUUGACAAUGUAGCACAUCUCCGAUUUUUCUUUUAGUAAUUAUAAUAGUAUUUAUCAUCGUAACUAAAAACAAAUGAAAUCAAUAUUUAAAUCUAAAAGGUUCAAUUAAAACCAACUCGACUCAUUCUUCAGCGUCAUUCUUCGGUGAAUUAUCUCGCGGGAUUCACAGGCACGUUACUAUAUAAGAGAUGCCAAGUCUCUUUUUUGCACGCGUUGCCUUCGGCGCCGCCGCACCAAUGACUAAUAACACUGAGGAUCAUCCACCCGAACACGUAUGCCUAAUAAGCGAAAACUGCUGCCUCAGCGUACACGCUAUGGCCCACCAAAACUACAUUGAAAAACAGAUUGUAAUCUUCGCAAGUCGUGAGACAAACAAAAAAGGACUAGGACAAAUCUGAGGCGAUAAUUCAUCGACAAACCAAACGAACUUGAACCCACUGCAAAUAGUGUCCUAUGAUUUGUAUUCUACCGAUACAAAGCUAUAAUUACAACAAACUGCGACAACAGCCAAGCUAUCAUGCUGCAACUAAGCAUAUAUAGACGCAGUUAAAGCAAAGUAAUGGCUAAAAAAAGCGAAAAAUUCAAUUGCUCUACGUGGAUGCGGAGUCCGUAACUCAGACAUUUGAUGGGUUCUCACGGAGACCCUCUCCUUUUGACAUAACCGGACCUUACACAGUAUGCCGUCGUUUAAUGGAUGAAAAAAGACAAGACGAGGAACAAACAUCUCUUCGACAACGAAGAUGUCAGAUCAAGAGUAGAUUCGAAGCUUCUGCUCGAGAACCCAGUAUCCAGUGAUGAUCGAUGUGCAGUUAUGUAAAUUUAACACAAACAAAUCAAUAACAAACACUAACUAACACAAGUAAAUAUACGUAAACAGGUGGAGAUGGAUGGUGGAAAAGUGAAUACAUACCGCUAACGUCUACAAAGGAACGAAGGCACAGACAUAUUAUAUAUAUAUAUAUAUAUAUAUAUAUAUAUAUAUAGAGGUGCAGGUAAUAAGUGAUUAUAAAGCCGAACCGCAUAUUGCCGGUGGCACAAGCCGACCAAUGGACAAUGUCGAUGAAACUAGUUAGGCGAUAACAAGCGAAUAUCACAACCUUUUUCGAAAGCGAAAUCAAUACCGCAGAACCAGACGCAUCGCUGACACGGGGGUGCAUCCAACAGUUGAACCACAAGUUCCAAUCGAAAUAUGGAAGAAUCUUGUGGGACCCACUGUUGUUAGCUCUAAACAAAGUCCGAUUACCUCCUAUCCUUCAACCAGCCACAGUAUCGUUUACUUAGAACUUAGCCUUCCUGUCAACAACUAAUAUAGCAACAUUGUUGUUCUCGCAAAGAGGUGCCGUUAUAACUAUAUACCUAAUGCGAUAUUGAACUUUCCAUGGUAAUAACUGCAAUACCGAUGAUAAUACUAAUCAUAAUAAUGAUGCGAACGAGGAUGAUAAUUAGACUAUAAUGACAAUUACAUUGACGGUGAUAAAAAUAAUGGUAACAUUGAAAAUAUUGGUAAUAAUGGAAAUACGUUUAAAGAGGAAAGCUGAAACGAAUGCCACAACACGACGGAUAACGGGACGCGCAAGCAAAACUAUAUUGAAUGCCGUUGGCCAAAUGGUAAGUGGUACGAAGUAUGACGAUUUAGAAAGCAGCGGACAAUACAGAUAGUCUGGCAUCACAGUAUCGUUUCAGGUUCCCGAUAUCUGGCUUUCAAAGUUGCGUAAGCAUCUUCCAAAGUCAGAGUGAAGCCGAGGGCAACUGACCGGUCGCGUAAACACGUACCGCAUGUACACGUUAUAUUGACGAUUGUACCAUUAAGGUCAAGAGGGCCAGAGGGCUAAUAAAAGAAACGCGUUUGGAGAAUAUCCGUCGAUUGAUUUGUCCAAUAGGAUUAGAACGGCUAUGUCAUUGUUUAUCGAUACAAAAUGAUGGAGAAGCGCCGGAAAUAUCGGCAGGAGCGCCAUCGCACCGUUCAUGUGCUGACAUAAGAACUGUAUUGCUUGGACGGAUUAUAUGGCUAACCAGAAAAAAUAUUGGAGAUGGAUAAAGAGAUGGAUACCGAUGACAUUGAUAACUAUUAUGGAAAAAUACGAAUGUUAUACUUUUGCACAUAAUUUUCCACGUGGCAACAACGCAUUAUCAUUGUAUAGCUUUCGUAAUGGAUAGACAAAUACCCUCGACACAUUAACACAACACGUACUUCGUAAAACUGAAGUUCCGCAGGCCAUGAUUUCCAUCAACCUGAUUAGUCGUCCUUCCUGAAUAGUUUUGCUGGGCCUCGUACAAAUACGACCAUAUAUACACACACACACACACACACAUGCGCGCACACACAGACCACGCGAAAGAUAACAAUAAUGCUAAGCAAUGAACAGAAAACAACUUAUAGCUUCCUAAUUUCACGAGAAUAUUAUCAAUAAUAAACAAAACCAGAAUGAAAAUAUC